AUGCUCUCGGGAAGGAACCCGGGUCAGUGCCCCGCAGUUUGGAGAGGAAGCACGCAACGAAUUGCCGUGCACGGGACAGCGUUGAGGGGUGUGGCAAGCUUCGUGAGUGUUCCGUUUUACUUCAGACUAUUCACUUCAUCCACGUUUUGUUGUUUUGCAAGCGCACGGGGUGGUCGAGCCAUGGGUAAAGGCAAGGGCAAAGGCGGCUAUCCAUGGUGGCAGCAUAUCAAGCCGAAGGAUGGGGGAAACCAUGAUGGAGGAGCAAGCUUCUUGGACGACCACUGGAAGACUGUGAGCUCGGGGCCCCUCUCUGGGCUGCAAAAGAAGUUGCAAGAGCUUGAGGGUAGGCAGUAUCCUUGCUACAAGGAUCUUAUGGGCGGUGCCUGGGAGAUCGAGAAGAGGUCGAUGAGCGUAUUUUUCGACCGUGUGCAGGGCGACGCUUAUGCUCCUCCAUCGUGGAUCCGAGUCCGCGUUCCCAUGUCGGCAGCUGGGUUUCCGCUGGACUAUGUGACCCAGACGCGCGUGCGGAACAUCGCCCUCUGCGACUACGUCACGCGCGUUCUCUCCGAUCGACUGCGAGGGGGCGGUGGUACGGACUGGACUCAGACUGUCCAGGGCGGCGGCUGGGCUAGCAGCAAAG